UUAACUCCAUGCCCAUUGCUAUCUUUUCUGCCUCAAUCCCAAUUCUUAAACACCCAAAUUUAGAAAGCUAUUUUUUCUUUCUCUGCAGAACUUUUAAAAAAACCGAUCGCGAUUCAUAAACAUAUAACAAUCACAGUCCCGUUGGACUUUUAGUAAAAUCCAAAAAUCUCUCUUCCUCCAUGGAAGCUGCUUCGAGGAAUUUAUUGAGCUUCAUUUCCAUGCUACCGACAUGUUUCAUACUCGCAAGCACUCUGAUAUCUCUCCUUUCUCGAUUUAUUUUUUAAAAAAUCUGCUUAAAUUAGCUUAUUAUUCGGUUUUUGUUCUCUCUAGGGUUUUAAUGGAUCGAUUAUCGAUGUUUCGGAUCUUUAUGUACUGAUUUGAUUUAAGUUAAUCAGAAAUAACUGUAAGAUAUAAAAUAAAAAUGGCUGCAUUUAUUAGAUAAUUACUUGUUUAAUCUGAUAUUUUUCUGUGCUAUUUAUUAGUUAAUGGUUAUUAUUUUUUAUGUAAGUUGAUUGUUCUUGAGCUUCAUUUCCAUGCUACUUACAUGUUUCAUGCUCGUUUGCACUCCGAUAUCUCUCCCUCUUUCUCAAAUCUCCUUUUCCUUUUUGUUUUCUUUUGCAAUCUGCUUAUGUUCGGAUUUGAAUUAGCUUAUUAUUCAAUUUUUUUGUUUCUCUCUAGGGUUUUAGUGGAUCCAUUAUAGAUGUUUUAGAUCUUUAUGUUAUGGUAAUCAAAUUUAUCCGUGGAACUUAAUAAAAAAUAAAAGUGAUUACAUUAAUCAGAUAAUUAUUUGAUUAAUCUGAUCUUUUCUAUGCAAUUUAUUAGAUGAUUAAUAUUUUUAAAGUGUUUAAAUCUAUUAUUCUUUCAGGUUAUUUUCAGUUUUACCAUUGUUUAUGCAGAAAUAUCAAAUAGCAAAACAAUUGGAAGAGGACUCAAAGCAUAUGGAUUUAACAACCUGUAUGGAGUAUUUCUGAUAUAAGUUCGAUUAAUAUAUUUGAGAAACGGAUGAAGAGAAUGAAGCCAAUGGAUUGAAUGCAAAAGCUGCCCAGGCAAAGUUAUUAAAGGAGACUACUUAAACUAGCUUAGUACCGCGUGCACAUAUGAAGUCCAGGAUCAGUUUUUUUCUCAUUUCUGACAACCUGGCUAGAGUCACUUAUGGAAAAUUACUAAUUACUCUGAGCUAAGUGGAAAUUUUAGUAGUAGAAUGACUACGCCGCAAACAAACAAGAAGAACUAGUUAUAUUCUUAUGUUUUCCAUGUGUUUGUUUUAAUGCCUGUUUGGUAUUUCAUAUAUAUAUGUUUUGUUGGCUUUGAAGGUACGAAGAUCCUCAUCAUGGUGAGGGGAAAAGCACAAAUGAGGCGCAUAGAGAAUGAUACGAGCAGGCAAGUUACAUUCUCAAAGCGACAAAAUGGGCUACUAAAGAAAGCUUUUGAACUAUCAGUUCUUUGUGAUGCUGAAGUUGCUUUAAUCAUCUUCUCUCCUAGAGGCAAGCUCUUUGAAUUUGCAAGCUCUAGCAUGCAGCAAACUAUAGAACGUUAUAGGCGGCAUACAAAGGAUAACAAAACCAAUAAGCCAAUUGAACAAAACAUGCAGCAUCUAAAGGCUGAAUCAGCAAACAUGUUGAAGACAGUAGAGGAUCUUGAAGUUUCAAGAAGGUAUUGGUCUUUUUAUAAGAUUCAACCCCUCACCAAAAUAUAUAUUGGGGUUAAAAUAUAAGGCCUUGUUUCUACAUUUGGAGCCUCCUAUGUUACUAGAAACAAAGGACGUCGAGCCAGCAUCCUUGUUGGUGUAGUCAGCUUCUUCCUAGGAGGAGCUAGCAAUGCAGGUGCGGUGAAUAUCACAAUGUUGAUCAUAGGACGCAUUCUUCUUGGUGCAGGCAUCUAAAUGUGUUUGGUAUUUUAGGUAUCCAACAUUUAUUGAUGCACUUAGAGAUUUGGAUGAUCCUCUUACAAUGGUGCACCUGUUUGCAAUGUUAACUUUGAAUCUUCGGAUUUUGGAUUUGUUUGAAUUAUCCUUCUAUUAGUUACUUUUCUCAUUUCCUACUGGAUAGAAAUGUGUUUGACUUUGUAUAUUUUCAUCAUUUCAUGCAAGAAUGAUUGAUUUUUAUUACAGUCUGAUUAUGGUUUUA